UUCGAUAAUUUUGAACCACUUGUGGUAUUAUAUGUGAUAAUUUUUUGAUAAUUCUGCGGGUAGGCUAUAUAUAAAAACAACAAACGUUAACUUAACCAAAUAAACCUCUUUGUUCAGUGAAAAUUAUGAACCUCACAUUUAUCGAAUUGUGAUUUCACACAAACCAUUAAAAAAUUACGUGACAGUUUUGUAAAUUUUUGUUACGGCUCCGUGUUUCUCCGAGAUCGCAAAAACAAACACGUGGUUAUCAUUGAAUAUUUCUCGUCGUGCGUUAUCUGAACUACAAUAAUUAUGAGCAACUAAUGUGACCAUUCCUUUUUCAUCUAUCGCCAAUUUAUCUAAUCGCACUUACAUACACAAAUGGCACAUGUGAGCGCUGUGGAAAAGGACUUGUGGGGAAAGAGAGUUUCCCUAUAAUAUUACCGAAAAUCAUUUCCAAAAUUUUAAUGCAAGACAAGAUGUCAACCCGUGCACUACUGUUCGUGAUCCUAAUGGUCAUCUUUCAGAUCGAGGCGAGUAAUGCGAUCUCAAAUAUAGCUGACCUCAACACCGCCAUCGUCCAAAGUCUAGAUCAUCUCAAGAGAACUGUCAAAUCGAUCAAGGUCCGUUUGUACUGGUCACAACCCGCCGACAUCGCACAAUUGGGAAGGAGGCUCGAAGUUGUCAAAAACUAUUACGACACGCAAAUUAGCCUAGGAAGGUGUUCAGCAAAGCGGACCGAGCGAUGCUUUACAUCCGCCAAUAGAAUGCUCGAAAGAUGGGAGAAGACGUACACCAUCAAGGUAAAUGAGUGCUACGACAGAGGUGCCAGGCGCUAUAAGAACUUUACCGACCACUUUAUGAGCCACCAUCUGAAGAAACAAAAGGACCUCAAGAUGCAAAUUAAGAUAAUGGACGCAGAUUGUUCCGCGACGAAUAAAAGGGUACAUGAAUGUAUUGAGUUCUGGAAUUUUGAUACCCAGCUUGCAAAAUGGAAAGCCGAAAUAUCCACGCAGCAGCAGAAUAAUAUUGACGGGGCGAAUCAGCAGUUGAAAUUAAUUAACUCAUGCGUCAGAUCAUCAUUCGAAGAAAUGAACGCAGCCAUUGAGUAUUAUCAAUCGCAGGUAAUGACCUGCGCGAAGUGCUCCCGCAGAAAUACACUGUAAAAUUAGGAAAACUCCUUAUAAAUUAUACACAUUCCACUGAAGUAUCUGAAAUUAUUAUUAAAAAAUUGAAGACACGAGGAUUUUACACUUUAAA